GCUUCACAAUACGUGGGGUAUGUGUUAAACAGUAUCGGAGACAAAAAGAGAAAAAAACAAUGCGAUCUUCUUCAUAAUUUUUUUACAGAUGAAAUCAUGUCGAUAGCAUCGGCCGCUAGCGAUCUCAGUGUCUACGGCGAUGAUGAUGAUGACCGCUCCACCAUGUCCAGCGUUUCUAACGAGCGCUAUCAAUAUGUAGGUCCGUUGGAGGCUGCUGGCUACGAUAACGACAUUGCACCGGACAACGCACGGCCUCCGCAGGAGCACGACGACGCUGAAGAACCGGUGCUAUGGGUUCGUAGGAACGGCGUGUACGAGGUAGCGGAUGCCGACGAAGCGGCCGAUGCAUUGGCGGGGCGCGAUGGGGCUCCGAGCGCAGUGGCUACCCUCGAGGAAGAUGCGGUGGAUGUGGACACACAGUACCAGACUGGCGGGGGACCCCUUCUUCGGUCGCAGAGUUGUGUCGACGAAGACGCCCACAACGAGGGAGCCAGCGAUAACGACGUGUUACCACCAGCGUAUAGGUUUACCGUACAAGCCGAAACGACGCGUCGCAUAAAUCGGUUUCGAUUAGACGUACGCGAAAUAACAAUGGCUAUCCGGCAGCCACCCCGAGAUCCUGAUACGAAUAUGCAGAUACAGAAACUGUCUGGUGACGACGCGGUGCGUAUCCACACCCCAAAUCUGUGCGUCGUUCAGCAGGUGUGUACAGCGUGCAUAAGUGAUACAGAUCUCGCGAGGGUAUGUCCGUCUUGCGGUGUACACGAGUACAUCUUCGAAGAGGAUCCUGUAAGGCAGUUUGUAGAUUUCGCAUGUGAUCCUAAAAGAAAAUCGUUUCAGCGUGUGAUCUGCGUGGCGCAUAAUGCCAAGGGUUUCGACGCGCAGUUUGUACUACGAGCGCCGCCAAAUAACCUCAUUUGGCAUAAUGGACACACGGUGGAAACAUCCGUGGACAUCGAUGGUUUGCGGGCCAACGGGGUGCGGGAAGACGUUUUUCGUAAAGAAAUUCCUACGCUUCAUCGAGGAUAUGAGUGA